AAUCAAAAAACCAAAUCAGGCACCAAACCGCCACACUUCAAAACCAUAAUGUUGUCCUCGUGUAGCUGAUCUCUUGAGUUGCCUUGAGUUGGUUUUUACACACAUGACAUGUAGCUGUAAAUCUUAGACAGAAGGUGACGUGAGAAACAUCUGUUCACAGAACUGAGUACCUCCUGCUACUUUAUAUAAAGUAGCUGUCAGAACAUCAGUAGGCGCAGAGCAAACAUCAAAACCUGAGCUCUCCCCAACUUUCCAUCAGUGAGCAGUGCUGCAGUCAGCAUGUCAGAGCUCAAAGGAUGUUCCCCCAGAGACACUGGAAUUAACUAAACUUCUAUCCGAUUUUAUCCGCACGUCCAUCCCUGUGCUUCACCAGCAGCAAGAAACAACAAUGGGGCUACUCAGCAUGAAGAUGAAUCUGGCUCUGCUUUGGGGGAUAUCUGUUUUAUUUGCUAUGGAGUCCAUGAGUGCUUUCAUCCCAAAAACCAACUCAACUGCUGAACCAGACCAGACAACCACGAAGGUCACAAGCAGCUCACAUGUACUUCAUCCUGAAACUCAGAAACCUGCAGAGAUAAGUGUUGCUGCACCAGCAGAGACCACUGUGUCACCCACAGUGGAAACAAAAGAGGCAAUCAUCACCGACAGAAGUGACAGCUCAAAUGACAGCACAUCUGGUUUGGUUGCCAUGACCACUGUGGCAACAACUACAAGCAGCUCAGGUCCACCAUUGCUUCAUAUCUCCACAGCGGUGACCACAACUGCAGGUGCAACGCAUCCUUCCAACAACACGACGAUCUCAGAGACAGCCAAACCCACAGAGGAUCAGAUACAUCAACAAUCACCCAGCACAUCUACGGACAUGACUGCUCCUGCAACAGAUUCUGCAGCAUCUACACUGGAUUUGCCUUCCCCGCAGCCUACGUCCACCACUAAGCCUGAAGUUACGUCCAAGUUAUCUUCCACCACCUCUCCUGCUAAUUCUUCUCCGUCUCCAGUCUCCACCCAGACCCUCAGCAGUCCCUCACCUUCUACUACAGCCAUAACAAUAGCUAACCCCACCUCUGAGGCAGCACCUGUGUUUGAGCCCACAACAAGUGAGACAUCCACCACCAGCACUGAGCUUUCGUCUACGUCUCAGCCCGUUUCUGUGACAGAAAUACCCAUCUCCACAACAGGGUCGAGCUCUACCGCUGAACCCCCAAACAUCUCAUUCUCAACCGAUUCUCCCAUCCCCACGACCAAUGUCUCCACCACCAAUGUCUCCACCAGUCCUGUAGGAAUCUUGAUCCCUCGUGGGCCCAAGAGGUUGCCAAUCCCGACCACCAAAUCCACUCGGGCAACUACAACAGCACCUCGUGAAGUCUCAAAGAGCCCACUCAGCACAGAGGCCCAACCCUGCUCCACCCGAGGCGUGGCGAAGAACUGCCUCAUCGCCGUGGCCUCCUUGGCCGCGUUGGCCACUGUCUUCAUUGUCUCUACCAUCAUCCUCUGCACCAAGCUUUCAGCAAGGAAGUACAAAGUCAAGAAGACAUCUCAGCCGGCCACAGAGAUGAUGUGCAUCUCGGCCCUGCUGCCUGAGAGGAAUUACACCUACUCAAGACAACGCAAUCCAGUCACUAACGGAGUCCUGGUGAUCCACGGUGGUUCAGACAGCGAUGAGGACGGAGGAGAUAACUUUACUCUCAGCAGCUUCCUACCAGAAAAUGACCGCUUUGUUUAGAUGGAAUUAUCAUUAUUUGUCAUCAGACCUCAGAUCGGACUGAUCCGUCUGAUGUCAUUGAUGUGGAAACAGUUGCUGUUUGAAUAAACUUGUGCUUCCCGUUUGAUGGUGGUGGUUUGGCUUCGCUGCACGCCCUAUUCCUGUGGAGGAAGAGACAUAGAAACCACAAACACAAACAAAACAUUUACUGUUUCAUGUUCAUGUUGCUUUAACCGUAUCUGGCAUCAGGACAUCUAAUGUGUAUUUUAGGCAGGAGUUAAGACUUUUUGCAUAAUUUUACACCUGCCCUCCACAAGAGACUUUAAGUCAGGAUGAGGAACGUGAUCUGAGAAUUUUUUCUUUGCACUUCCUGAGCUGAGCCCUGAUGGUAUUUCACUCAGCAACGGGAGACAGGAAGGCUUGCUUUGUCAAGGGAUUACUGUUCUUCAGUGCUAUUCAGGUAGCACUGAGGCUUCAUUUUAUGAACGUUGUAAUUUGAUUAAUGAUAAAGUGUAUGUGACUGUUUAUGUGGGUGUAGAUAUGCAGCUUCUGUAUUGUGAUAAUUUAUUCAACUAUAUCUUAUUUAACAGUUUGGUAACACAUUAUUUUACAAGUCUGUCAUUGCCUAAUCAUUUUUGUUACUUGGUACUAAUUUUAUGGGAAAUGGAGACAGUUUAGUUGGUUGUGUGCUUAUUUCCAGAGGAAUUUCCUUGAAAGAACUACUCCAUUUAACCCCCAAAUGGGUCUUGGUUACACUCACAUAGCAUGUGAUUAGAAUUUACUAAUUUGGUCAUUAACUAGUUGAAAACAUUCUGGAUUUUGCCCGUAAUAGGUGCCAACACCUUUCUCAGAAAUCAAUUGAAAAUUAAUAAACUUUACGAACCUGUAACAAAAGGGUUUACCGACGUUUUUCAAAUGGAUAUCUGUUCACUCUGAGAUUUAAAAUAAGAACAGUCAUUCAGAUAAACUUUGUGCUGCAAAUGUUCAACAUGAAAGCUGUGAAUACAGCUCUGUUUCUGAAGGUGUUCCAUGUCCUUAACGUGUCUCUAAAUGAUAAACAGUCAUUAUAAAACCCAGUGGACUAAGUCAGUUCCCUUAUUUAUGACAGGCUUUAUAAAAGGCUUUUUUUCUAUGCUGGACUGGAUUUCAUAUUCACUUCCCUUCCUGCGAAAAGGAAACAGAGCCCUGAAUGCCUAUUUCUUUUUUUCACGUUGUGCUAUGUUCAACUGAAACAGACACUGGGGACUAUCAACAGAGCUGAGAUGAAUGUAAACCUGAAGGAUGCAGGACACUUAAUCUCACGCUCCUAAUGACCAUAUAAAGCUAGACUUGUCUUGACUGAUCUCAAACACAGUAGAGUUGCCAAAAAUGCAUUUGCACACAUACACAACAACUUGUAGGGCUCACUCUUACGCAGUCAAACUCUCUCCCUAAAGUGCUCACACACAAUGUGUGAGUUGAAUUGCUUGUUUCUGGAGAAAAAUACCCCUUCUCCUGACUGUUUUGUCUGCACAGGAAACAUUAACCUCUUCCUGUAUUAGCUGUUCACUCUUACAAGCUGCUCUCUGACUCGUUUUGCCCCAGCAGGCCUGCUGUUAGUCAUCAGUGUCAGAGGCUGAGGUUGAAGGAAAGGCCAGGCUGUCAAUCAGAGGCUCCUUCUGCAGAAAUCAUGGAGAAAUAUUUUUAAAGUGAACACAUGUUACCGAUGAUGAUGUUUGACGGUUGGUUUGUGUGUUUUUUAUAAUAAAGCUGUUGUAUUUUCAUCCCA